UUCUGUGUAUCUAGUCUGGAUCGUCCCAGUUUGUUCUCCUCGAAGUUAGCAAUACUCCACUAUCAAAAUGACAUAGAGGGUGUUGCCCGGUGAAAUCUUUCAAAUUCUUUAUUUAUCGUAUUUAAUAAAGGAAACGUGUUGUAGUAUGAAUAAAUAGUGUGGAUUCAUAGUAUUUUUUUAAUAUUCAAAGCAAACAUUAAAAAUGUCGUAUUAUUAUAGAACAAUUAUGGAUACUUUCUGGAGUGAAAAUAUUUGGCUACCACCAAACACAACCUGGGCAGACAUAAGCCCUGAUGCAGACACAGAGGUAAAACAUGCAGAUUCGAGACAUCUAUUUUAUCCUCUACCAAUGGCCUUAGUUAUGCUGUUAUUACGAUAUUUAGCCGAAAAAUAUUGGUUUGCCCCUGUUGGGACUUCGUUAGGAAUAAAAAAUAGUAGACCAAAACACGCUCCUGAUAACCCAAUAUUGGAGAAAGCUUAUGUCUUGUCAAAAAAAUGGAAACACAAACAGAUACAAGGCUUGGCGAAACAACUAGAUAUGACUGAAAGGCAAGUUGAGAGAUGGUUGAGGUUACGUAAAGGUCAAAACAAACCAUCUACUUUGGUUAAAUUUUGUGAAAAUUCUUGGCGUUGUCUAUAUUAUACCUUCAGCUUCAUUUAUGGAAUAACUAUUUUAUGGAACAAGCCUUGGCUCUGGAAUAUUAAUGAAUGUUGGACCGACUUUCCUCAUCAAUCAGUAACUAGUGACAUAUGGUGGUAUUACAUGGUAUCAAUGUCGUUCUACUGGUCUUUGAUGGUUA